AUGGAGUGUGGCCAGAUUUACUGCUUAUUCCCAGUUGCCAUUGAGAAGCUCAACAUCUCCUUCCCAGCCACUGGCUGCCAGAAACGUAUUGAAGUGGACAAUGAGCAAAAGCUGUGGACUUUCUAUGAGAAACGCAUGGCCACUAAGUUAGCUGCAGACUGUCUUGGAGACAAAUGGAAGGGAUACAUUGUGCGCAGCAGUGGUGGCAAUGAUGAGCAGGGAUUCCCUAAGCAACAAGGUAUCUUGACGAUUGGCCACGUCCACCUGCUGCGCAGCAAGGGGCAUUCGUGCUAUCGUCCUAGGAGGUCUGGCGAAAGAAAACAGAAAUCUGUCCGUGGGUGCAUUGUUGAUACCAACCUGAGUGUCCUGAAUUUAGUUAUUAUUAAAAAAAGGUGAAAAGCACUGACAGAAAAAAGGGCGAGCAAAGUCCAUAAACUGUCUAAGGAAGAUGAUGUACGUCAUUAUGUUGUAAGGAGACCUCUCAGCAAGGAAGGUAAGAAGCUGAGAACCAAAGCUCCCCAAAUUCAGUGUCAGGUAACCCCUCGAGUUCUGCAACAUAGGCCGAGGCACAUUGCCCUGAAGAAACCUCGUUCUCAAAAGAACAAGGAAGCUGCAGCAGAAUAUGCCAAGCUUCUGGCCAAAAGGAUGAAGGAAGCUAAGGAGAAACAUCAGGAACAGAUUGCAAAGAGAUGUCGUCUUUCUUCAUUGAGGGCCUCCACAUCAAAAUCUGAAUCUAGCCAAAAAUAAAAAUAUUGGU